GUUUCGUGCCUUCUCAGAUGUGCAGACUGAGUCCACCGACAUGCCUCAAGCUCUUCCGUGCCCUGAGUCGUCCACUACGAAAAGCGAAUUACAAAGGGAAUGGAUCAAACUGAAGGCCUGGAGUACUCAGAACUAUGCCGCCCACGACAAGGAGACCCGGAAGCUCAUUGAAAUGGCCAAGUACGUCGCGGACAUGAAUGCAGCGAACUACAUGAUGUCGAAUAGACAAAAGCUCUGCCUCAUCAUGCUGGUCGAUGGAGAAUCUUGGCGCGCUCACAGCAAACAAGUCUUCCAAUAUCAGGCUGGGGCCUGGCAAAUGGUGGACGGAUUGAAGGUGGAUGUGUGGGACAUCUUCCUAGCCUUGGAAGGUCUCUUCUUGUCUGUGGCUGAGGUCGUUGAGGCAGAUGACCAAGCUCCUAGUGUCUCGUGGACAUGGUCAGGCAUUGAGAAGCAUGUGGAUAUGCUCCUUCGUGACCCGCGAAGUGCACACUUGGGUGGGCUCGCGCAGAAGGCCAAAGAGUCUAGUGACCACUUGCGGAAAGUCACAGGAAACAAGACAUGGCAAGCCUCGUGGUUGAGAAGGGUGGCAGACAUGUUGGCGUCUUUCCGAGUGCAAUGGGAUAACUCGAGGGCUCACAACAUCUCCAAGCUCUUCUUACUUCAAUGGGAAAGCCCCAUGCCCCGGUCACAAGGCGUUUGCUUCACAGACAUCUACUUGGAUUGUACGUGGUCAAUUCAGGAGAAGCGUCCAAGCAACAACUGCUACUUGUCUGUUCCUUACCCUUUUCACUAUGAAAGCCUUGUAGCUGCGGACCCCAAACUCGACCUCUCCUACUACAAAAACCAACUUCGUCUCUUCCUGGAAUCCCUGUACUUCGAGAAUGAGCAUGUCUUCCAGGCACCGACGGCCAAGAUGCUCUUUGAAGUUGGGAAGGGUGGUGACGGCAAGGGCAUGGAAGCAUAUCUCGAGCGAGGUCUCCUAGGUGACGAGCAAUCGAGCACGCUGGACUGCGGUGUUUUCCUAGACCGACAAGAAUUUCGCAAGUCCGGUCACUUUGCUUGGAACAAAGCGAAUGUCCGCGUUCAAGAGAUGGACCAUCACGCCCGGUUCGUGGCCGAUCUCUGGAAACGCUUCGUCGCCGAUGAGGAGAUCGAUGUGCGGGUCAAUUAUGGGUUUACGAGCAAGCGCCGCUUUGGGGACUCCAUGAAGGUACAGGAACUCAACUAUGAGAAUAUACCCAUCAUAGAGGAAGCUCGAGAUGCAACCAAGGCUUGCCAGCAAAUUCGGCGGCGCAUCAUUUGUCUCAGAAUGGGCAAGGCUACGUUUGUCGUGGACCCAGCAUUGGUGGACCAUACCAAGGGCAUCUACUUGCUCAUACCGCAGGAUGAGUUGGUUCCCUUUCUCAGUCACCCGCUCACCUCCGCUAUCUACUUCCGAGAUUGGUGUUUACCCUUUUUCCGGGAGAACUCUUUGGUGGACUGUGUUCAGAUGCUAUCAGAUCUCAAAGCUGUGCACACGGACCUUGAGCGGGACACGGAUUGGUUGGCCUCCAGGCUCUCUGGAUCAUCCAAAGGUCCUCCUGGUGAUGAGCAUUGCAACCGUUGUGAGAGCGAGGGUAUCAUCCAGCGAGUCCACGAGCAGACGCCCAUGAAGCCUAUCAUCAAGGAGUACCUGUUGCAGAAG